GGAAACGGAAAAAUAAAAUCUAAAAAAAAAUCAAAUAUCUUUUUUUAAACUUAUAUAGAAUUGAAAUAUAUAUAUAUAUUAUAAUGCCUUCGAAAGACCGUAUCACGUUAAGUUAUGGUGAUAGCAUAUUGAGAGAAUCUGACCUAACUAUUUUGAACAGCAAAGCAUGGCUUAACGAUAGAAUUAUUGGUUUCGCCUUCGAAUAUUUUCAAAAUGACCUAUUUAAAUCAACCAACAAAAUAAUAUUUAUUAGUCCCGAAGUCACUCAGCUAGUUAAAUUGUCAGAUGAGAGUGAAGUGAAUGUUUUUCUAGAACCUCUUGAUUUGUGUAACAAAGAAGUUAUCUUGUUGGCAGUAAACGAUCAAGAGGAUUUAACUCACGAAGGAGGGACGCACUGGUCAUUACUGAUGUAUUAUCAGAAAAGCCGCCAAUUCUUUCAUAUAGACUCUUCUCCAGGUUUUAAUGUUGCUGCAGCUAAAAAGCUUAGCAAGAAUUUAUCUCAGAUAAUCAAAUGCACAAAUUUGAACGUUGAGGAACUUCCUUGCAUACAUCAGACAAAUGCAUACGAUUGUGGAAUUCACGUUAUUUGUAAUGCUAGAGUAAUUGGGUCUCAAUUUCUUGAUUUAAAAGAAUUUGACGUUAGUAAGAUCAAUAUUAGCGAGGUAGAAAAUAUGAGAAAUGAGCUAUUAAAUAUCAUAUCGACACUACAGAAUAAAUUGUAA